CCAACAUUUCCGAUCGCCAUGAAAGUAACCACCAAGCAAGGUUCCUCCCUGAACAACAGACGAAGCUGCCACAUUGAAGAGGAACAAAAAGACAACUUGACAGCGCUUUCCGCGGUCGCUCCUCUUUCUCCGGGCUAGUCACUGGAUUUCAAUGUUCAUCCUGCGCCGUGCUUUCUGUGUUCACUUGGGCCGUACCUAUAUGGCGUGUGUGAGCGGGGAAUUUUGCCAGGCACAGCACAUCGCCACUGUGGAGAAGUGAAUCGGCUGCCCCCUGAAAGACUACGCUACCCAGAAGCCCCCUUGAUUGGCCACUGUCCUCGGAGGCGCUCACUUUGGCAUAGUAAAAAAAUAAAAAUCCCAAAUUCAAAAGCCCUUCUGGAUAGCGCACGCGUAGUCGUCGGCCCGGCUGUCUGCUAAUACGACAACUCUUUGCUUGCCGCUUUCUCUUUGAACAGCCAAUCACAAACAGCUCUCCUGAAUGGGCCGUCUCGCCAACAUGAACCGCCCCGCCGCAGUCGAGAUAACGUACGAGUGCAUGAGGUUCCUCAUCACCCACAAUCCCACCAAUGCCACCCUCAACAAGUUCACCGAGGACCUAAAAAAGUUCGCCGUGAACACGCUGGUGAGAGUAUGUGAAGCCACCUAUGACAAGGCUCCCGUGGAGAAGGAAGGCAUUCAGGUUUUGGACUGGCCCUUUGACGACGGCGCCCCUCCCCCAACCCACAUUGUGGACGACUGGCUCAAGCUGCUCAACACCAAAUUUCGAGAGGAACCCGGCUGCUGCAUCGCCGUGCAUUGUGUCGCAGGGCUCGGUCGCGCUCCGGUCUUGGUGGCCUUGGCUCUCAUUGAGACUGGGAUGAAGUAUGAGGACGCGGUGCAGUUCAUAAGGCAGAAGAGACGCGGGGCCUUCAACUCCAAACAGCUUCUUUACCUCGAGAAAUACCGACCGAAAAUGCGUCUGCGCUUCAAGGAUCCCAACGGCCACAGCUGCUGCGUGCAGUAAAGCCGGCCCACCAGCACCUGCCUAUGCACCUCGAGCGGGAUGGGGGAGGGUGAAAAUCAACCAGGAGAGCGCUAUCAGUCGUUGUGAUGAGUCAUGCUUAAUUGAACAGAGAACAAGCGAGUCGCCCAUGGUGGGGGUACACCAGCUGAACCGAUGGAUGGAAGGUCAAAGCACACAGACUACCGUCAACCACGGCCCACUAUUGUUUGCAGCUGUCGCCCAUCCCAUUGUUUCGUUGGGGAAAAAAAAAUCUUAUCUAUAUAUAUACAUAUACUUUUGUUUCCCCUCCCUCCUCCCCCUCAUUCAGCUACGUCAUUUUGUGAUUUUUUUUUCUUUCACACACAGACAGCGGUGAUGAAAAGGAUGCAAUAUGAAAUAUCCUGAUUUUUAUUUCUGCAAGCAUUGAGGUUUAUGAUUGGAAUAGGUUCAUGUGUCUUAAACAAUUGUUCAGCCUUUGGUGACUGUCCAUUUUGGUCUUUGGGGAUGUUUAUCUUGUUUCUUCACUCUCACUGGGGACACCUGAAAAUGCAGUCGCACGUUCCCCUUUUCCUUCACUUGUUUCACGUCGCUUUCAUUUGAAAGGUUCAUAGUUUGAAUCUGUCUGCGAUAUUUAUGUGUGGGAGUUGCAAGUUUAGCAAGGACACUGAUUUCCAAUCGUUUAUUGGUUCUUCCUUUUGAGAGCCAUGUCUUUUAUUGUAUUUUAUUUCUCUCGGAGUGCAAUAGUCUGUCCACCUCAGUAAAGAACGGCCAUGACACCCUGCGCACGCGCACACUCAUCAUCAUGGGACGAAACUCGGCAACCUCAAGGUACAUUUAUUUUUCACCGUUAACAAUAGGACCCCCCUUAACCCCCAUGUAAUAUGGGGGUUAACCCAUACUACAUGGCGCGCACACAACCUGAAAUUCUCUCCCCCCCUCAUCUGAAAGGCAAAGCAGAUAUGAAUGGUCAGUUGUACUUUUUUUUGUAAUUGUCCCCAUUUUGAAAACAGCCCCACUUCGUAUUGGUUCUUUAAAGAUAAAAUAAAUGGGAAAAAAAAGGCA